AUGAGUAGCUCGGCUGGGCCUGCCGGCUCUGACGAAGCGGUGGACGGCGCUUUUCCGAGCGUCUCUUUCCUCGCCCUCUGUGAGUCCGUGGCAGAGUUUGGCUAUGUUGCGUUGCGAGAUCUGGUGGAGUUCCUCACAGAAAGGCGUCCGAACGAAACAGACGCCGCUGCGAACAACGUGCUCGUUAUAGAGACGUCCCAACGCGAGCGACACCGUCUUCUUCGCCUCCUGACGCUUUGCCGCUGGCUUCACCACAACUUUGCAACGAUGCGUACUGCACAGCGUUGUGUGAUAACAGCGGAGUGGCUCGCUAACCGCUACGAACGUGCCGGUGCCGACGUACUCUGGUCACUCUAUCAACAAACCCGCUCGGAGCCGCUUUUCGCCUCUGCUCUGGACAUACACGCAGCAGCUACAGUUUCGACGACAAGCAGCUAUGAUCGUCUGCCGUUGGUGCUCCAUAGGCUACGGACGGGCAAUGUGCAAGCACUAGCUGCGCCUGCCAUUCAAGUCCUAGGCUACCGGACGUACCUGCUGCUCCGAACGGCAUCCGCAACCAUGCAUGUGCGUUUACGUUUCCAUCGUGACUUUGAACGGAAUAAUCGUCAAGCACUGGUACGGAUUUCGGAUCAAUCCAUGCCGGGGUGGGAGGCGCUGGUCGGGCUUCGACCCCAGCGUAUGACGGUGGCGUUGCCGACCUGGAGCGCCAACGCUCCGCAGUCAACGGACUGGGACUGGUUCAUCUGGAAGCUAACCCUGGAUCAAGGUACAGCGUAUGCUGCUCUGGCAGCACGUAUUCUGGAAGAACGCUAUCAGCUGUUGUGCCGGAAGCAGCAACUUUCAGAUAUGCUAUCAAAGACGCGCUACUUUAUCGGGUGCUUGGUUUCGUGCAUCUCAGUUGAACUGUAUGAACCGUUGCGCAUCGCAUCAUUGGCAAAGUCUGUAGAGGUGCUUUCUAACACGAACUCGAGACAGAAAGCGUCACCAUUGGGGGGUACAGCAACCUCGUCGACAUCUGCGACGAUUAGGGUCCAGAGACUGGACGCUUCACCGGGCCGCUUUCGAAUCCUGUACUGGCCUAGCGCCGUCAAACCGCCGAAUGCGGAUGCUUUCGUUAUGGCGGAGAAUCGCUGGUGGUACGGAAUCACCCUGCAAUGUACGCACCUGACGGUACCGCCGACGCCGGAGUGGCUCUGGGAUCCAAGCCUCCGUCUCCAGGUACCGCUCUAUGGCUAUGUGCGCGUCGAACAUCAACCGCCGUUGCCAGUGCACAAAUGCAUACCUCACGAGGUAUGCUCCGAAGGCGAUGGUGUUGCGCUUGUGGCUGCGGCGCGUCGAGCGCGUUCAACGGCACUUUUGCAGGCGCUUGUUUCCGAACGAUCCAUCUUUGGAGUCGUGCAUCACCUGCAUCCCACUGUCGUGCGCCUUGUUCCUCGUGGAGACAGCGGGAUUGCCCUCCGGUUACAAGUCCAUGAGCCGGACGGUCUCGUGGCGCUGAGCAUAGACGGUGGAUCUGUUCUGGAACAGAUUCGCAAUCUGAGAAGUUUUAUGGAGCCGGCGAUGCCGGCCUGGUUACGUCCGGAAACCUGGCCCGUGUGGUUGCCGAUCCCCGAACAGCGUCGUCGAGUGCACAGUCGACUCGAGGCCCUGUAUCAUGCUGCGCUGCACGAUCAGGUGUGGGUUGUCGCGCAGCUACAUAAGCAGGUGCCAUUUCUCGUGUAUCUCUUGCCCGAGGCGACUCGUUCACAACUGGCUCUCAAACUCACUUCCGGAUCCUAUUUUGUCCCGGUCCAUAGGGUGCUUGCAGCGCUGCUCGAGCACGACACUGCAGAAACGGUGCGUGCGAAAAGCAUCCGAAUAAUGGCUUACGUUGUCGAUACGCUUCGACGCUUAGAGUUCCUAACCACAACGCUGCUAGAGCAAGGAGUACUAGCCAAUACCGUCGCUAUAGACAGCACGACCUGGUCUGGGGCGUUGGCCUUGGUUCGAGGUCACGUUGACCGUCUCUCCGUACCGGUUUCGCUCAAGUCAUUGGAUGUCCUGGAAAUCCAAGCGAGCUGGUUACAUCUCGAGGUAGCUUCCCUGAAACGAUCUCCCUGGAGUCUGGAGGUCGAUAUUGCCCCCGAUUUGUUUGAUUGUUGUCUUGAUACCUCGGCCGUUGACGGCGAAUACCUCGAUGUGCGGAUGAUCGUGACGGAGUCGCCGGUCAGCUCGCCUGGUGCUGGGUCCUCCGCUCAGGUGCCUGCACAGGCACAGCGCUCGGCAGCAGUGGCAGAUCCAGAACGAAGACGUCACCUGAUCUUGCAGUAUCCACAGGCAACUGCAGCAUAUGUGCAGCGCUCACGCUGGGACCUAACUCGAGCCGCAAAGAUGGCGAUGCUGUUGCGAGACUCGAGUCUCCAGCGCAUGCCGAUCCGCCGAACUGGGAGCUUCUCCCGUCUGGAGCGCUUAUGUCCGGCACGGUUUUUGGUUCGGCUCGGCACUGAGGUGCAACUUGUCAUAACGUACCGCUGUGAUACCCAACCACACGGUUACAUGGUAGCGUUUCGUCACUCGCGCAGUGCACCAGAGUUUGCGAUUCGCAUUGUGGAGCAGGUGUUGAACGCGCAGCCUUGCUAUACCGUGCUCUAUGGGCUGUUGGAGCGAACCCUGCCGCUAGCGCUGGCGGCAGCGGCAGCUUUUCACGGACUCGCGGCACGCUAUCGGUUUCUGUCGGCCUUGCGACUCCGGGUGGCCUUUGUUGCUGGUAACGCUUCGAGUCGGCCAGCGUCAACGGCCCAUUAUGUGUUAGAGCUCGACGCAAAAGAGGGCAACGGCCUUGUUCGGAUCACCGAUGUUGGAGCGCAGGCCGCCCGAAGCUCAGGCGCAGCGCCUGUUGCCCCGUUACCGCACUGGCGGCACGUCUCCGAUACCUGGACGCAGCGUACAGGAACAAGCUCUGAUGACUCCAGCUUCAGGGUGCCGCUCGGUGAGCUAGAGCAAGUGCUUAGGAUGCUGCUACCAACAAGCACCCUAGUGUGA